UGUUUACAUCCUGCUCACACUCGCAUCCUCAAUUUAUAGCACACACCUAUAACUCUCAGCUCAGCUCAGUGUGUGGAGUUUGUCCUUAAGACCCCUCAGGCAUGGAGUUCAACAGCACACACGGGUUCGGGGUGUUUCAGGGUUCCAGUGCGCUGUGGAUUGUGUUAGCGGUCAUCACUGCGCUCCUGCUGUUCUCCAUCUGCGCCAAUAUUUUAUGGUGUGUUCAGAAACGUUUCGCAGAUAAAGGGAAAAAGUUUCUGCCCAAAUUCAGGAGGAGUGUGAGUCUGAAAAACAGAGAGAUGGAGGAGAACCCGAUUUACGGCAACAUCACCUACACACAUACACACAGUGAUGAUAAACAGGAAGUGGAAACUCCCGCGGAGCCGCUCUCCUCUGCUCGAGACUGCUAUGCUAACCUGAGCCUGAAAGCUCCUAAACACUCAGCGCCGGGCCGUGCGUCUCCUCUCGGUCAGAUCCAGUACUCAGACGUUAUGAUGAUCUGUGAGGAACCAGAGGAGAAGAUCCCGGAUGAUAAAGACUCCUGUUCGGGUCUCUCGGAUCUGUACGCCUCGGUCGACGCAGAACGCAUCAAGAGCAAGAAGGAGCAGAGCAACGAGCCUUACGCCAAUCACGUGUGAGGAGUGUGGACACGCCCACGCUGUUAUUAACCAUUAAUAAACCCGCCUAUGUCACAGUUAUGAACAAUACACAGACUCCUUAUUCACCAUCAUUAUCAUCACCAUCAUCAUCAUCAUCCCCAUCACCAUCAUCACCAUCAUCAUCAUCAUCAUCAUCACCAUCAUCACCAUCAUCAUCACUAUCACCACCAUCAUCAUCAUCAUCCCCAUCACCAUCAUCACCAUCAUCAUCACUAUCACCACCAUCAUCAUCAUCAUCCCCAUCACCAUCAUCACCAUCAUCAUCACUAUCACCACCAUCAUCAUCAUCAUCACCAUCAUCACUAUCACCACCAUCAUCAUCAUCAUCAUCACCAUCAUCACCAUCAUCACCACCAUCAUCAUCAUCAUCAUCAUCACUAUCACCACCAUCAUCAUCAUCAUCACCAUCAUCACUAUCACCACCAUCAUCAUCAUCAUCACCAUCACCAUCAUCAUCAUCAUCAUCAUCAUCACCACCAUCAUCACCAUCGCCAUCAUCACCAUCAUCAUCACCAUCAUCAUCAUCAUCAUCAUCACUAUCACCAUCACCAUCACCAUCAUCACCAUUGCCAUCACCAUCAUCAUCACCAUCAUCAUCAUCACUAUCACCACCAUCAUCAUCACCAUCAUCAUCAUCAUCAUCAUCAUCACUAUCACCACCAUCAUCAUCAUCACUAUCACCACCAUCAUCAUCAUCAUCACCAUCACCAUCAUCACCAUCAUCAUCAUUAUCACCAUCACCAUCAUCACCAUCAUCAUCAUCAUCAUCAUCAUGCCCA